GUGUAGCCCGCGCUACGUCGUAGCUGUCCAAAACUACGACACUUCAAUUAUUGGAACAUAAGUUUAGUGUUCAAAGUGAAAUAUUUCUUUUUUAAAACAUUUUAAGCGGUUAGCAGAGGAUUGUUUGUGACUAGAUUUGUGUGAUUUUAUGUGAAGAAUUGAGAAGGCAUGUGGGGCGGCGGCACCCAGUGCGUGCACGCGUCGUUGCCGCGGGGUUCACAAGCACCCGUCGCUCCAACGCUCAGUGGUGCUAUUGCAAGCCGUCGCCCGCCCAGGCCAUCCCCUCCAUCACCAACUCUGGUUUCUCAAAUUGAAUCAUCGGUUGCUUGUCUUUGGCUACUGACUCCACUAUCAGCGGGUACAGCAGUGGUAGCAGUUUUAGUCGCUGUCACUACGAACAACUGGCUCCAUACUGUAGAGAAUAUGCUAAGCCCAUCAUACAACGGCUCUGGUAAACAUGAGCUCGUGGCAAAGCACACAAUCUCCGGAUUAUGGCGAAUUUGUCACACAGAACCUGGGAGUAAGGAAUAUAGGUGUUUAGACAUACCUUAUUUCCCUUUGUCGCAGUACCAGCCAGACAACAGUGAUUCCACAACUGCCAUACCAUAUAUAGUAAAACGAUCAGCGAUUCCACUUCUUCUGGCUGUGUUUACUCAAGGAGUUGGGGCUCUUUGCUGCAUUCUCGGACAUUGUGUCAAAGGCAGAAGACUGUACACCUUCAUUGCGGGGGUGCUUUUCAUAAUCUCUGGUCUGAUAAUGUUGACUGGGAUCGUAAUGUACAUAUCGGUAUUCAAAUCACAGCUUGGCCAUAAACUACGCUACAUGACCUUCUUUGAUACACCACGCAUGUCAUACAGUUACGGCUAUUCUUUUGGUCUGUACGUUGGAGGAUUCAUCGCAGCUGAAUUAGCUGGGACAUCGGCUAUAUACCUCUUUAUUCAAUGGUAUCAGAAAGAUUGGAUUACUGAGCUAUCAGAGAAGGCUAAAGCUGAUUGCCGCGCUUGGGAUCGCGAAUAUGCCCUAUCUGAUUUUCAUGAGAGAGACUCGACAAUUUUAGAACGGCGUAUGCUGAAAAGAGAUACAACAUAUCCACCACUUGGAUCGUCAACGGCGACACCGAGAGAGCGACGAAGAUUCGUUUACGAUGGAGAUGAAUCACCACAUUGUUCUGUUCAUAAAAACAGAAGAAUUAAUUUGAGUACUGCCUCGCUGAAGGAUCUGUCGUCGUCAACAUUGUACGGUUUCCCAGCAGGGCCACGACCAACAGCAUGUGAUAAUUAUUUCGAGGAAUUCAAAGAGGUCCCGCAGAGUGCAAAUACAUUGAGCGGCUUAAGGAGUGCGUCUAUUUUUCAAUCGCAAGUUUCUGUAGCUAGCGGGAGAUUUCUUGGUACAGCAGAGGUAGACCCUCCUCCGUCGCGUGAAGAAGAACUGGUAACAUUUGGUGUUGGCAACAGGACAUUGAAUGAAGCCAAACAAACACGUCGUGACCGUGCCGUUGGUACGAUGCCUUGUAAAAGAACAACUCCAGUUUGACUCUUAAGAAAGGGUGUCUUCCCUUAAAAGCAUAUCGAUAAGGAAACAGUGACGUUCCAUAUAUAUAUAAAAUAUCUUUAAGUGUACUGAGGCGGCUUGCAUACCGUUUUAUAUGAAUAACAAUUAUUUUAUUUUAUUAAAUUGCGUGUUUUAGAGCACUGAACAGAAGUGGAGUCGCGAGGUUAAUACUAUUAAAUUCAACUCUUUUGUACGUCUCAUAAGCGAAGCGUUUGAGGUAGUGUUCUACUCUCGACAUGUCAAAAAAAGUUUUCUCGAAACUGAAAUUAUUUUUUUAUUACACAUACAGUUUGAAAAUAAAAUAUAUUUCAUAAACACAUAUUCAGUUCAACAUUGUAAAUAAUUAUAUUAAGAAUAAUCUUUUCUGAACGCCCAUAUAUAGGUGUGUGGCAGGGAAAUUGGUAGAAAAAAUUUUAGUACAGUCAUAAUUUUUUUUAUUAUCUAAAGUAACACUGUGGACCUUCUAAAUUGAGCUUGAUUCUUAUGAGCAUUCAAUUCCCUGAUAUUUUAUUUUUAUUUAUAAUUAUUAUAAAAAAUAUCACCUAAUCGGUCCAGCCGUUUACGAGAAGUUCACUUUGUUAGUGACACACAGGCAGAAAAAUAAUUUACAUUUAUCAGUCUGUGUAUGAGAUUGUUGUUUUAUAAGACGGCAGAAAAACGGGCAAAGGGCUUUAUGGGAAAUGGAUAUCCGCAACACCAGGGUCUUGAAACCUGAUGCUUUGCCUUUAAGGUGGAAGUAUGCUCUAUGCUCGAUGGUCCCUAAAGGCCGUUCCCAAUAUUCAGUCGAUCUCUUACUUGAGAUAAAAAUCGUAACUAUCGUUGACUUUUCUGUCCCAAUAAACUUAUCGACGGUAACUCACCUUAUCCGUACACGCUGUCUGUCAAUGGGAGGACAUAUAGCUUACCAGCGAUAGAAGUUUGUAUGGAAAAUGCAAUUCACGAGUCCCAAUAUAAGGCGAUAAAAAUGACUUAUCGCCGGGUAUAUGGGACAGCUUCCGUCUACUUUCAGUAAUUAGCUGUCAUUCUUGUCAUUUAUCUCUAUCUGUAGAUUGUAUAUUGGGAACGGCCGAAAAGUAGUAUCUAUAUCUAUCGUUUUGGGAUAACAGCAGCCGGUAAUUGAUUCCACAUAGUGGCUGUACGAGGCUUUUGAAGAUGGUUUUCCACUGAAUACUCUCCCGAUAUAUGGGGUAGAAGAUGUAUGGAGAUUAGGUUAUUUAAUUAGUUAGGUGACAAUGGAAUUGGCCAUGCGUAGCAUGCUGUCUAUAAAAAAAAUGGUCUCCGCUGCACUCCAACUAGAUACCGCACUACCUAAGAAAAAUCGCUUUUUUAUUACGGCAACUAUUAGAUGCUUGUUCGCGUGGCAUCUUUCAAAUUUUGUAAUACGCUUCGUAAUAUUUUACAUUGAAAUUAAUAAAAUACAAAAUACUUAGUGAUGAUAUGUGAUCCCAGUGUCUUUCUAAAUUCUUUUAGUAUUAUUUUUACAAAGUCUUACUACGCAACCCGGCGUUUUAAUUUCAAUUAUUAGCAAAGUUUAAUAGAUUAUGUGGCACGUCAACUCGAGUACUCGAGCACGGUAGCUCGAGUUAGCCCACUUGGGCGUUGUAUUAGUUGCCACACUUUGCGAUUACGCCUGCGAUAUCUAGUUGGAGCGCAGCGGAGACCAAUCUUUAAUCUAAGUUUGUAUGUAUAUAAUUGUAGUAGUAAAUUUGUGUUGUGUAUAUAUAAAUAGUUAGAUAAGUAAUACAAAAAUUUAAGUUAUAUUAUUAUGAUUGUUAUUAAAUAUAUUGAAAAGUAUAUGUUACAUUUUAAAUUUUUUUACAUAGUCAUCACCAUAGAUCAGAUAAAAGACAUUAUAAUGGCCAUCACGCUUAAUUUGUAUAGGAACACGUCUGAACAGGUUGAUCUGUUCUGUGGUCAUCACCGUCAGUUAUAUAAUAUAUAUUUAUAGAUACGAUUGGGAUACAUCACUUAAUUUAUUAUAUAGUUAAAAUUAAUAUUGUUACUUAUUAUAGGCUCAGUACUGUUUGUUAUCAUUUUGAGGAGCGGUUUUAAGUCCAUUUUUUUGCUUAAUUAUAAAACUUGAAACAAAAAAAAUACCGACGAAUUGAGAACCUCCUCCUUUUUUGAAGUCGCUUAAAAAUCAGGCAAACAAGGCAGUUACCAGACUGUCUACCAGUAGGAGGCUCUUUUGCACAGGAUGCCGGCUAGAGUAUUGGUACCACAACAUAACUUUGUUUCGGUCUGAAGGGCGCCGUAGCUAGUGAAAUUACGGGGCAAAUGAGACUAAACAUCUGACGUUUCAAGGUGACGAGCGCAAUUGUAGUGCCGCUCAGAGUUUUUGGGUUUUUCGAGAGUCCCGAGCGGCACUGCAUUGUAAAUUGGGCAAGGCGAAUCAAUUUUCAUCAGCUGAAUGUCCCGCUCGUCUCGUUCCUUAUUUUAAAAAAAAAGUGUAAGACCCAUUUUACCUUAGAACACAUGAGGAACUCCUUCAGUUGUUUAAACAGUCACAAAUAUUCAAUUUAGCAGUAUCGACAUUAUUUUUUGGUCAAUAAUACCUUUGAAUACAAAUUAGGAUUUUGCGCAAGAAAAAUUUAAAUCGAAAAUUUAAAUUUAAUUCUGUUCAUAUUGGCACGGGCACUUUUUAUAAUUUUGUAAAAUAUUGGCUAAGGUUGGAUUGAACUCCAUAAAUAACUCCCCGAUUUAAGUUCUACACUCAUUUUUACACGCUUUUUAUUAGCUUCACCUGAAUUUAUGUGUGUUUGUAACCGACUCAUUUGGGUGCGAUUAUGACCCACUUUAAACGGCCAUAUCGUUCAAACUUCGUAGAUUUAUCGAGGACCGAUGACAUACAUUAAUUUGAUAAAAUUAUUCCAUUUUUCAAUUUGCAAAAUAAGAUAUCUGUUAAUUUAUAUAAUGUUUUCAUCUAAUCUAUCUAUCAUGUUGAUAAGGCAGGAAUUGAUGUUCAUUAUAAAUUUCAAACGUUAUCUUUCCAACCAAAGCAUGUUUUUUAGUUUUCUUAAACUAUUUUUAUUUACAUUAUUGAUAGUUAUGC